AUGAUGCAAGGUGUACGGGUACUGGAUGUUUCUGGUAAAGUGUUGUAUACCUUCGGUGCUGUUGGUGAGAACGUAUUUAUUGGCCGAGACAAGAAGAAAUGCGGUAUUGUCCUUCCAAUCAACGCAGAAGGUGUCUCUAGAGUGCAUGGGUCAUUCGAGUGGAUCAAUGAGAAUGAGCUCAGCUUCUCUGAUUCAAGCACCUAUGGAACUAUAGUGGAUGGGAGCCUUCUGAAGAACAAAACCGGAAAAAUUCAUGACGGAGCUCAUAUGUUUGUGGGGGAUGUUGAACUCAUCAUUUCAUUUCCUCAGCAACAGUCAGGCUUCGAAACAAACAUCGGUAAUAAAGUGCAAACAUCAAAACAGACAACUGCUGCGAAAAGGAAGAAUGUACCAUGUGAUGGUUUGGAAAAAGAAAGUAAAAGAUCAAAACUGAAUCCGAACGUGAGCAGAUCUACUCCUAGACAAUCGCAAAUAUCCUCGUUUUUUGUCAAAAAACCCGUUGUGAUUGACAGUGACGAUGACUGUGCUAUCAUAGCCGAAGAUACGGUACUCGGUCGAGCUGCGGAUUCUCUGGAAAAGAUUAAAGGGAACAUGAUCUCGUUCGUUAGCGAUUCGGCUGGGCCGCCUCCAGACUCGGCAGUAAGUCGACUCGGGCAGAAUUCAGGUAGUAUAUCUUCGUCGAGCACUCAAAUGCCGUCAAAGGGCAUAGCACGUCGCAAAAAGCAAUGUAUUUUUGACGUCAACAAACGUCCGUCUACAUCGAGAACAUCGAUAAUAUUGGCCGAGGAUACGCAACCAGAAACUGUACCAACGGGAUCAAUAGAAUUCCUACCGAAAGAAGAAACCAGAACGCUAAAUAAUAUCACUACAUGCAUCCCGGACACUUGUGAUGAAACUGAGUUUUCGGGCAACUUGCAGAAAGGCGGAGGCGCUGCUAUUCUAGGUAAUAAGGAUACUGCUGCAACUAUAACUGCUAAAUUGUCUGCGCCUAAAGGACUUAAGAAUUCAAACGGAUUGCCUGCAGAUUCGGCCGGAUGUCAACUUGGACAGAACCCAAAUAAUAUGACUUCAUCCGGCAAUCGGUUGACGUCAAAUGGCGCGGUGCGUCGCAAAAAGCAGUGUAUCUUUGGUAUCAACGGACGCCUGACUGCACCACCAACAUCUAUAGUACUAGCAGAGGACACACAACCAAAAACUGUAUCGCGGUCGAAAGAAUUUCUUGCAAAAAACGCUAACAAGACGCUAAAUAAUGUCACCACUUGCAUUCCGGACACAUGCGAUCAAAAAGCUCGGGGUGCUUCGCAGAUCUUGAAGACGGUGCCGAACUGGAAUAGCCAUGAUACUGUGGCAAAGGAUGGUACUUCAUUGUUUGCGCCAAAGGUCUCUGCAUCGUCUAUGCAAGCUGAACAUCCACUUGCAGCUGCUGCGGAAGAUUUCUCUGAUGAUGAAAUAGUAGUCCCUCUUGAGGACCCUGAUGUGAAUGCGAGAGCUUCUUGUUCUUCGCAGUAUAAUCGGAAAAAUCAGUCAUCGACAGUUGCAACCGCUAAGCCACCCAAGGUCAACCACUCAGUUGCCACAUUGCAAAAGACUUCCAAACGUUCGUCUGGAAAGAAAACUAGCAUUUUUGAUACAAUAGCAUCUAAGAAGCAGCACCUCACGAAAAUCGUGGACAAUGUAUCUGAUGACGACGAGAUCGCCGUUAUAGAGGAGGUUGACAAGACUGCGACAUUACGGUCUUCUUCAUCGUUCAUUCCAAAGAUAUCUGCUUCUCCCAUCCACGCCAAUCGGCCAACAGAGAUAAAUGCCACUUCCUCUUUGUCCAACAAAACUGAAAGGCGUGCGCCCGGAAAGAAAGCCAGUAUUUUUGACCAGCUACCUGAUAGAAAACCUCAAUCAUCUGCUAAGGUCAUGGAAAGUAUUGGCAACGAGGAGAUGGAUGAAUCAUUUGAACAGCCUGACUUGAAGAAUAUAUUGAAACUGGUUUCAAGUGGCAAACGUUAUGACAAUGGAGACGAUGAUGCGGAUACUGAAGAUACGAAAGGACUCGAGAUUGAACGCGUCGUUGCCAAACUGAGUGAAUUGGUACACUAUGCUGAUAUAGAACGCCCUCCAAAGCCAGCAGUUGUUAAGCCCUCGUUUCCAGAAGUGUCUUCCUCCAAAUCCACAAAUUUCAAACGAUUCAAGAAGGCUAGCCAGGGACGUUUCAACUCAACACUGUCAUCGGCCAGUAUUUCGUGUGUCAUUGGUGGCAGUGAAGAUCUCGUCGAUUUCCGGCAACUCCCUCAAGUUGCGUAG